AUGGGCAAGUCUAGGAAAAAAAAGUCUAAGCCUUCCCCUGAUCAUACCAUAGAUACAGAAUCUCCAAGAAUCCUAGUAAUAAGAAGAGGCUCAGUCAACCAUGAAAUGAAACAAUUGGCACAAAAUUUAAGGCUAAUUUUAUCCCCAAAUUGUGCAGCUCGUUUAAAGGAGGGAUCAAGACAAAGGUUGAGGGAUUUCACAAGUGUUACUGAUGUUCUAGGCUUAACUCACCUAAUAGUUCUAUCUCAAGGGUCAGAAAUCUCAUAUUUGAAGAUCGCAAACCUUCCCAGUGGACCUAGUUUCACUUUUCAGAUUAAUAAAAUUUCACUUAUUUCUGAUAUUUUCAAACACUGCAAAAAUCCUCAGUCAUUUGACUCAUCAAAUUAUUCUCCUCUUUUAGUAUUAAACGGAUUUUCAAGAGGCACAUCUAAAGGUUCAGAUGAUGAUGGUUCAAAAGAUGAUUCUUCUAGGUUUGACAAAGCCAUGACCCGAGUUACUGAGACUUUGAACAAGAUGAUCUCCCCCGUCGACCUUUCUACCACUAAGAUACAAAAUUGCAAGAGGGUAAUUCUUUUCCAUAAACAGAACGACGGAACUAUUGUUUUGAGGCACUAUUCAAUAAAUCUAGUCGACUGCAACACUCCGGACCAGGUUAAGGAUCUUUUAACAAGGAAAACCAUGAAGAAUUUGAUCAACGAAACGUCUGAUUUUGAGCAUAUCAAUAAUUACCUGUCGUCGGAUCUUACUUCGAAAAAAAAUUCCAGCUUUGACAGCGACACUGAUGAAUUCGUUGAACUCGAUAACAUUUUAUCUCAAAAUAUUAUUGCUAAAAAUAAAUAUGGAGUUGAUUUAGAGCGUACUGAGACUUCAGAUGCACGCAAUAAAAUCGGAAUAAGCUGGAGAAUGAUGUUUUCACGGGACCAGGUUCGUUAUAUUGCUUUAAAAAUGUUUUUAGUCAAGUACCACCGGUUCGUGAAGAAAACUCAGGAGGAGUUGGAGGAGAAUAAGAAGCUUGAGCCUGAAAUAGUAAAGAAGAGGAAGCUUGAGUCUGAGCGAGUAAUGAAAAUAUACGAAAAAUAUGUAAAAAAGGCCAAAGGCGCAACUGAUAAGGAAGGUUCUGAGAACCAAGAUCCUGAAAAGGAAGACUCUGUGAACGAACAAAAGCGUAGUAAAGAAAAGAAAAGAAAGAAAUAA